UGGAAAUCAAGCAACUGUAGCAGCCAUACAAAGAGAAAUACAAACAAAUGGGCCUGUUGUUACUGUUUUCCUUGCCUAUCAGGAUUUUAUGUCCUACAGAUCUGGAGUCUAUUUCAGAACAACCAAUCAACGUGUAGGAUAUCACGCUGUUAGAGUCCUUGGAUGGGGGACGCAAACUUGUGGGAGCCAAAAAAUUGACUUUUGGAUAGCGGCGAAUUCGUGGGGUACUAAUUGGGGGGAAGCUGGGUUCUUCAAAAUCCGUCGGGGAGUGAAUGAAGUUGAAUUUGAAAAAUCAGAAAUUUCUUAUGGAAUUCCUAAAGUGUAA